GAUGUGAAGGGCCGCAAGAUCUACGGCGGCUGCUUCGGUUCUCAGGUCGAAGCGGAACUCAAAGCCCAGGAGAUGUGGCGCCACGCGGUUCCUCACGCCACGGAGGAUCCGGUGCCAGUGCCCAGCAGACCGGCGCUUUCCGCCGAUGCGGCAGCCGACGAACGGCCUCAGCGGAGCUACCCGGGUGUUUGCUGGAUACGCAGGGACCGGUGUUGGUGGGCCUCGGUGAGUGUGCAGAAGGUGCGGAAACACUUCAGGUCCAAGCCCAAAGACGGCUCGGAGGAGGAGUUGAACCGGAGCUUCCAGGAGGUGGUGGCAUGGCUGGAGCACCAGAAGGCGACGCGAGAGACCCGAGACGAGGCACCGAGGCCGCGGAAGUGUCCGCGUCCCGAGCGGCCGGUUUUUUUCGCGGACGGCGGGGACGAGGAGCCGCAAAAGAAGCGUCCGCGCGGCGGUCGGUGCGUCGGUUUGCCGCACUUCCAGCCCAAAGAGCCUCAUCCGGGGGUGUGCUGGAUGCCCAGCGAGCAAUGUUGGAAGGCUGAAUUUCGCAAGAACGGCCUUCGAGUGAAGACCAGGAGCAAGCCAAAAGACCACUCAGAGGAGGAAUUGGAGCGAAGCUUUCAGGAGGCUGUACGCUGGUUGAAACAGCAGAAGGCCGCUGACGACCAAGCAGUUCCUGCGGUUGCUGCGGCUCCUGCGUUCGACGGAGCAGUGUGCGAGCGCUUGGCAAAGAGUCACAAGGGCAUUUGCUGGGCACAUCAGGAGGGCUGCUGGAAGGCCGAGCGACAGGUGAAAGGACUGAAGAAGCAGUUCAAGGUGAAGCCCAAGAGUUCCUCACGGGAGGAGUUGGAGCGAGCCUUUCAGGAAGCAGUCGCCUGGCUCCGCAGCGGCGCUGACGCCGCGGAUGUGGCGGAGCGGAGAGCGCCGGACGUGGUGGCGGUGGCGCGGUGUCGACGGAGGAGGAGGAAGGUGGAGCCAAAGGAGAAACAGCGCGGCAUCUGCUGGGCUCAGCGCGAAGCCUGUUGGAUCGCCCGCCUCACCGACCCCCAAACCGGCCAGCGCCGCUUCCGGCGCGCGCGGCCGAGUGAGCUGACGGAGGAGAAGAUUGAGGAAGCCUUCCAAAAAGCCGCCGGAUGGUUGCAGAAGGAGAAGG